GCAAGAUGGCGGCUUGAGUGCAUAACAUCUCCAACAAAACUCCUCCAACUGUGCUGGCUUUCACUCUCACUGUCAACGCUGCGUUUCAGCUCAGAGGAUGUGAGGACGUCCAACUUCUUAUUUCGAGCGGAGGACGACCGUGAGCAUCGCUGAACAGCAGUUAUGGAAUAAAACGCCGCCGGGAGUUGAAGGGCAGUAAGGAGCCCUUUGUUUUAGCCCAGCAUGGACAGCUUCUUCAAGGCAGCUGUAUGUGAUCUAGACAAACUGCUUGAUGACUUUGAACUCAACACAGAAGAACUCGAUAGCAAAUCAGUUUUCCUGAAGCCCUCAGCAUACCCUUUCUCCUCACUGGGCUCCCAGUCUUUAUCCUUAGAGGCGUCCACUGUCCCACCAAGCCUCCCCGACCUCAAUUCUCUUCACUAUGGUUCCGCCACCAGCUGUCCUGACCCCCCCAGCAGCCACAAUUGCAGCACAAGUGAUGCAGAGGUCAAACCUGAGCCUCUCACCGGAGUGGACCUUCUAUCCUCUGUGGAUCACCGGCCGGCUAAAAGCUCUGCCCCUCCCUGCCCCGAUCGAGCUCUGAAGCCUGUGUGUGACCUUGUGAACGACACAAGCUCUGCUAUCCUUAACAGGGCUAGCAGCCAUGAUGCUUUCAGUGAACUGGACAUGGUGGAAAAGCAAAUGGAGGAGGAGGUGGAGGAAGAGGAGACCCUGCUUGUUGACUUUGACAGCCCCGUCGUCAUGGAGGAGCAAGGGGGGCUAAGCCGGAGUUCUGGCUGUGCAGACGCAAACAAAGAGCAAUCCUCUGCAGGGAAAGACGAACUGUUCAGUCUUGAUUUCCAUGGCCAGAGUGGUACGUACUCUUCCUCACUCAGUCUACUGGAUGUUAUUCUUCCUGCAGCUGUGGAAAGGGGCUGUGAUUCCUCAGAUGAUCCUCCAUCACCCAGUACCACUGAGUCAGCUAGCAGAGAGGACGGGGACUGUGAGGAGAGGGCUUCUUCAAACCAUAUGGUGGAUAACUCUGCACACAGCUAUGAACUAAAGGACACUCUGCUGGCUGCGAAGACCACAGAAACACCAACCUGGGUGAAUAAAGACACAAAAUUACAAGAAAGGUCAGAUGAAGGUGAGGCAGAGUCUUCUGCAGGUCUUAAGUCUGGGGCCUCAGAGAGUGAACCAGUGGGCUUAUCAUGCUUACCGCUAGCAGUGUCCAUAUGUGGAGCUUUGGUGCAACCAAAGACCAGUGAAGAGGAGUCCGGACAAGCUACAGAGCAGCAUGCUGAGGCAGACGUGUCUGAGAGCACAGAGGCAGACUCCCUGUCAGCACUGGAAGCCAGCGAGGAUAGGUCCCGUUCAGAGGAGCUGGUUUACCCCUCGGUGCCGCUCACAGAUGGCAGACUGUCACCAGAGGGGCAUCAUGUCUCUGUUCAACCUACUGCCGCUGCCUCUUCUACAAAUCAGACCUCUGAUUGCUCAGAACCCAGUCCAGUGGAUCCUCCGGAGUUUGGCUUCGAAUAUCUGCCGGAGAGUGACCAAGCUGAGCUGUUGGUGACUGAUGAGGAGUUGGAUGCAUUCUUGCAGACACACACAGAAGCCGAGCAGGCUGAAAGCAUCUCCUAUUGCAGCAGUUCUGGGGAGUGUUCUCAACCUGAAAGUUUGUUGGAAACAAAUGGGAACUUCAACAGGCCCCCAGGUGAGGGUCUAAGCAGCUGUAGUCAAGCUCGACUGCAGGAGGAGGGUUUUGCGUCUCCAGAAAGUGACAGAAUGUUUGUGUCUGUGGAAGGAAGUUUUAACCCCAGUGGUCCACAACCACAUGACUCUUGUGGACCUUGCCAGGAGGAGCCAGAGAUUUCUUCUGGUGCGAGACAAUCUUUGACCAGCAACACUCUCCUGUCCCAGCACAGUAGUAGCCCUGAUCAGCAGCAUUCCUAUGGAGGUGCAAGACCUAAACAGCUACACUGCCAAACUGCAAGAUCUCCACCAGCAAGAGAAGAAGACGAAGGGGGAGAGGAGCUUCCAACUCUCUCAAAGGGCUCAAGUGCAGCCGAGUAUGAAGAGGGUUCACCUAUAAGCCCAAGUCUUACAGAAGAGCAUUCCAGCAUUACGGGUUCAAGCCUUAUUUAUGCCAAUCAGGAGCCUCAGGAUUACAGCGUGGAAUAUGAUGAACUUUCAGAGCCCCCACCGUACCCUGGGGAGUCACCCACAGAAGGUACAAGGUCAGCGAACUGGAGGAGUGAGGAAGUGGAGGAGCUGGGCAACAGGCAGCCUGCAUGGGUGCCAGAUUCUGAAGCCCCCAACUGCAUGAACUGCUACCAGAGGUUCACUUUCACCAAGAGACGACAUCACUGUCGAGCUUGUGGCAAGGUGUACUGUGCCAUGUGCUGCAACAAGAAGUGUAAGCUGAAGUACCUGGAGAAAGAGGCUCGCGUGUGUGUCCUCUGCUUUGACGCCAUACAUAGAGCCCAGGCCCUGGAGCGGAUGAUGAGUCCCACAGGUCCCAGCCCAAACCCCAAUGUGCCAUCUGAAUACUGCAGCACCAUCCCUCCUCUACAGCAGGCCCGUGCUGCCGGCACUCUAAACUCACCUCCGCCGACCGUCAUGGUGCCCGUGUCCGUUCUCAAACACCCAAACAACGACAGUUGUCCUCGCGAGCAGAAGCGCGUCUGGUUUGCUGAUGGCAUUUUGCCCAACGGAGAGGUGGCAGACACAACCAAGCUGUCGGUGACGAGCCGCAGGAGCUCUCAAGAGUUCAGUCCAGACCAGAAUACACCCAGCCCAGCGGGGUCAGAGGGAGAAGUCAGUAUCUCCUCCUCCCCCGAAGCAUCUGGAGCAGUAGAGGUGGUUCGACCUCCGGUGACCGGACCCUGGGAUUACGGCCUACUUUCCGGAAUCGGCUCUUCAGUGAAGAGGGUCCCCAGUCUGCUACCAGACAACAACGAUGAACUCCCUCCUCUGCUCUUCACCACUGGUGCGGAUGAUGGAGGAGAUGUGUUGGUGGAGGACAGCCCUGCCCCAUGCCAGAUUCUGCACUUGUUAGAGGAUGGAGGACCCCGACCUCUGACAUUUGUCCUCAACGCCAACCUGCUAAUCAACGUUAAACUGGUUACAUACUGUGGUCAUCAGUGCUGGUGUUUUGGCUCAAACGGUCUGCAAGCUCUGGGACAGAGAGAGCUGGUAUUUUUGUUGGAGUGUUUGCCAGAGGAAAAAACUCUUCCCAAAGACCUCUUCACACUCUAUCUCACCAUUUACCAAGACGCCCAAAAAGGGAAGUUUGUGGAGGAACUGGACAACGUGACAUUCACAAGCAGUUUCCUGGGCAGUAAGGAUCACGCUGGGAUGCUCUUCUUCUCUCCCACCUGUCAGCCUCUAGAUGGCCUCACUCUCCCUCCUCAACCUUUCCUGUUUGGCCUUCUCGUUCAGAAACUGGAGGUGCCCUGGGCCAAGGUCUUUCCGCUCAGGCUGCUCCUGCGGCUUGGUGCCAAAUACAGUGUGUAUCCCACUACGUUGACGAGUGUUCGUUUUCGGGAGUCUGCGUACCGAGAGACGGGACACACCAUUAUGAAUUUACUCGCCGACCUGAGGAACUACCAGUACAGUCUGUCAGUGGUGGAGGGCCUGACCAUCCACAUGGAGAUGGGCCACAGUUACAUCAACAUUCCCAAAAGUAGCUUCAAUGAGAUGCAGAAGGUGGUAAAUUCAUCUAACGAGCACGUCAUCAGUAUUGGAGCCAGUUUCAGCUCGGAGGCCGACUCUCACCUGGUGUGCAUUCAAAACGAGGACGGUAACUACCAGACCCAAGCGAACAGCAUGCCUGGAAAGACCCGCACAGUGACCGGGGCAAGUUUCGUGGUGUUCAAUGGAGCACUGAAGGCCUCCUCAGGCUUCAUCGCAAAGUCCAGCAUCGUCGAAGAUGGACUGAUGGUUCAAAUCCCUCCUGAGACCAUGGAGUCUCUGCGUUCUGCCCUGAGGGAUCAAACAGACUUUCACAUACCCUGUGGCAGGAACGAUGGAGGGCAGCUCCGGGAAAACGUCACUGUCCGCUGGGUCGACUGGAGUUCACCUGUCAACACGGGAAGAACCAGUGGUGUGGAUGGCAGACCCCUGGAUGGAGUCCGCAGUGUGAGGAUGCAGCAGGACACAGAGUUUGAGUCGGAUGGUCGAACCCUCACAUGCACUGAGGUUUUCUACCAGCUGAAGAGUCCUGACAGCAGCCUGGUGUCAGUGCUGUCGUCCUGCAGUGUGUUUCAGAAGGAGAUGGCUCUGGCCGCCUGCAGUGCUCUGACUCCACACCUCACUGUUCUCACCUCGAGUGGCAUCAACUCCAUCUCUCUCCGCGUCUCCACGCAGGCUGAUAUGGUGGAGUACCAGGCUGGCUCUGGAGGCAGGCUCCUCCCUCAGCGCUACAUGAACGAGCUGGACAGCGCUCUGAUCCCCGUCAUCCAUGGAGGUAGUGCUAGCGUACCACAGACCACCAUGGACAUGGAAUUCACCCUCUACAUCACACACACCAUCUAAUGCACGCACACAGGCACAUUGUCGAAUAAUUCCCCGUUUAUAGACGGUGGCUGAGCACAGACAGAGAAGCUGCGUGCUGUAGCUGGACAUGCUAAUGCAGCAGCGGCUCGCAGCCAAUUGCUGAGGACAUGUAGCUAUUAGCACUGUGUUCCUAUAGGGACGUAAACUGAUAUGAAAUGGGUCUUCUGUGGAGGAAGCGGUGUGUGUUUGUGCGUUCUGUGCUCACCAAAGCUGCUUUAACGCAAGAAGCCAAACACUAAACAAAGGGGACACGACCAAAUGCAACCAAAUCAUUCACAGCAGUUUCCUCGGAUCUGCCUUCAAGGGUCCCUGCUGGCCUCUGUCAGCACGGAGCACCUCAGUAAAUGUUUCCCACUGACACUCGAUGGAAAUGUCUCUCACUGACUACAUUUUAAUAAGUCUUUAUUGAAUUAAAUGUUGUCAAAGCGAGGGACAUUGGUGACAAGAGCAUUCACGACUUCAUGUGAUCCGGUGCUGCUGUACAGCCACUUUUAUAUCAGGCUCUGUUCUACAAACAAAAAACUAAUUGCAUAACAGGGAUGAAAAGAAAUGUAAUCUCGCUUCCUUUCAAGCAACGCUGUUUUCAUCUCACUGCUUUUUUGUGACACUGCAGAGGAAAAUACAGGCUUUUUUAUGUUCUUAUUCUAAAUCACUGUGUUCACACCCCCCCUUUUUCUUUUUUUUAACACAACCAAUGCCUCCUUUUCAUGAAGCAGUGCCCCUUCAUGGUAUCUGAUCAUAGCAUAAUCAACACCUUUACAAUGAACCACCUUUGUUUUUGCUGUCCUGUUGGUCCAGGUCCCGGUGCGACACUGAAAUACGAUCCACCAAGUUCAGUUUCAGUAAGAGAACGAUCAGUUUAAGGCACAGCUCUUUGUUAGAGCUUUGCAAACGUGCAACUGCGGCAACCGUUUUACCUCUGGUAGCCAUGACAGUAUUUAUAUAGUACAGACAAAGUCAUUAUACAGAGUGACGAGCAUCAUUCUUUUUCUUUAAAAAUCAUUAAUGGCAUGAAUUCUCUUAAACCAUCAGUUCAUACCACUUUAAAGGACCAGUGUGUAGGAUUUAGUGUCAUCUAGGGGUUAAGUUGCAUAUUGCAACCAACACUCUAUCUUGUAAGUGUAUGUAAGAAAUUUUAAAGAGGAAAAGACACUUUAUUCUGUGACUUCAUGAAAGAGAUAAUAUAAAAAAUAUGACGGGUCCAAAAAAUCCCUGGUUCACAAAGACUGGAUUGGGACCCAGAGAUGGGUUGCAGGAGAUGUUUUUUGGGUCCCUGAAGAAAUGUGCAUAGUAUUCUCAAACCUUGUAGUUUUAUGUGUGUAAAAAAAAAAAACAUGCAUCAAACAUGUCUUGAAAUUAUUUGUUUACCAAUUAAAAUAAUUUAAAAAAGGAAGUAAAUCCAUGUGUAGAAAGUUUGGGAAUCAUUGCAGUAAAUUACUGGAAGCAUAUUUGUAAAUUUUUGCUGUCAAUUUAUUUUCACAGAAACCCCUAAAUUUGACAUUGGGUAGAUUAUUUUACUUCUGCACACUCACACUCUACACACUGGACCUUUAAGAGGAGAUAUUAGUUCAUUUAAGUGGUUUGCUCAUGAGGCCUCUUGUUGGAGUUCACUGACCACUCGGUUCAAACGGGCAAAGGUGAAGUUCUCUGCCAAGUGUUUAUCUUCAAAACUGAAUGGGCCUGCUUUAUUCUGGACUUUUAGCCAUGAUGAGGCUCCUGGAAGACACCUUAAUUAAUGAAAAAACUGUUUGUUUUUUUCCAUAAUAUGUGUUACUCUGCCAGCAUACUUUCACCAUCUUAACUUUCUCUCUGCCUGUUAGUCCAUGAGCAGCCACUUCCCCUUCUCAUUGCCUGCCAGUAGAGAUGUCACGAUUACUUGAUUUCACAAUUAAUCGCGAUAUUAAACGCUAAGGUGUAUAUUAAUUGUUACGUUUCCUCAAUACCGUCAGAAAAGAUUAUGCAGGAAGCCCGGAAACAUAUCGGUAGUUCAGUGCAACUCAAAUGGAAAGAAAACAAAGUUACACAACAGCCACGCGUUACCGCUCGUGUUGCUUUGUUUUUGUUCCGUGCGAGUUGCAGAAUAGAGCGGUUCCCGAUUGUUAAAGUAUGGCAGCGGAAGGUGUCAUCGUGGAUGACAGCGCGCCAGCCUGCAUCAGGCCGCAAACAAUUUGCUGUGAAAGCAAACUGCGGCUCUGUGCGCCAGAGUUAAGGCAAACACACAGUCACUGGGUUAAAUUACGUUAAUGUUCAGCAAUCGUAACAUUGAAUUGGUAGGAAAUGACAUGUUAGCGUGUCAUUGGCAAUCAAUUGUUUAUGACACGUGUUCGCCUUUCAAGUUAAACGGCAUUCACUUAACGUUACGUUAUACGUAAUGUGUCCGUUUAAUUUAUUACACAUUUAUUUGUGUCAUUGUAAUUCAAAACCACAUAAAUACAUGCAUUUUAUAUCUGACAGAUAAAUUAUUAAAACGAUAAAAAUAAAUUUAAACGUUUGGUAUAGAUGACAAUUGUUGACUUAAAUCAUUUAAAUUAAUAAUUGUUCCUAUAUAAUAGUUUAGUGUUUUUGAUACAUUAUUUUGUUAGGUUGGAAUCAAAAUAUAUAAAUAAAUGAAACUUUAAGACCUAUAAGCAUUGUUCAUGUGAUUUUACACAUAGUAAUGUUGUGAAAUCAAUUAACGCAUAUAAUUGUAAUAUCGUGAUUAAUUCUCUGACAGUAAUCGUACCAAGAAAAUCUGUAAUCGUGACAUCCCUACCUGCCAGUAUUUGUCAGUCCAAGCUCCAAAACCAAUUUGUCUUUACUUCAGGAUUGUGUCUCUAGAAUGAUAUUCAUUGUUUAUAUUCUGGUAAAUUCUUAUUCACGUACCUGAGAAUUAGAUGAAAAGAUGGAGGACAAGUUAGCUUAGCAUGGAAUUUGCAAAGUUUUGAACUCUACAGUAAGCUUUGUCUUAAACAGCACCUCGAUCUAAAUGAAUGUCAGUUUAAGCUCCGGCAAAGGUCCUGUAGACAUGUAGUUGAUGGUUUUUACUAUAUUUGUGUAUCUACUGACUAAAAUGAGCUUAGAAGCCAGACAUGAAGUUUCCACUUGUAUCCAGCUUUAGCAUUAAGCUAAGUUAAUCAUCGAGCGCAGAUGUUCUCAGUCAUUUUCUUCCUCAGGUACUGACUGGAGCAGAAAUUUCAACUCUUUACUGAAUAGUGAAAAAACCUCAAAGAGAUGUUGUUUUUAUGUUGUCAGGUUACAUCUGUGCAUCUCCACAGCUGCUUCAAAGGUGCAAAAUGUCAGACGCACUGCUAGUACGUCUGACCGAAACAAGCGGAAUGCAUCACCUGGCAUGCAGGCGCACUCAUGAGGACAUGAAAAAGAACACGUUAUGUUGCGUUUGCAUCGAGUUUUUCACAAAUUCAGGAGAAAAUGGUUUUUCCUCUGAAGCGAAACCACAAAGUUGCCUUCAACUCGAGGCUUUGAACCACAUUCUGCUUCUACUGCUGGCUCAUUAUUAGCUGUGUUCAAGUGGAACUCGCUAUCUUGUAAUUACGGGAGUUGGUGGACAGGGCGAUCUUUGCUGACGGUCAGAUUUUAAAACUUAAAAACUUACUUUGCUAUGCAUUUACAGAUGUACUACUUGUUUGCUAGCAUCUUGUGAAGCUGAAUGUUGCAUACUGCGCCUUUAAGCCACUUUAAAGUCAUAAAACGGGACAUGGCC